CUGUCUUUCUCUCUCUCCUCUUGCAGUGUUCGUUCGAACGCGGCCCGGUAUAGUUCUGUUACCCCGUGUUGUUAAAGGGUUCGUUUCGUGAUGGAAGCUCACCACCGCGGUAAUAUUGGUGAGAUUUAUCGGUAGCCGGAUUUCUAACAUCGAUAUAUAUACCUUUCCCAGUGUGAUUCGUACAAUUCUAGCUGUCUUUCUGAAGUGAGAGUGAGUAGACAAGUCAUGAGACAAGAUAACAUCACAGGAAGAUUGCUUAUUGUUUUGAAUAAAAAACGGGAACGGGGACAACUAAAGAUUUAUUCUUGAAGAAACAACAAAUAAAUUACUAGAUCAUAUAAAUUUUCAGUCACAAUUUUCAAUAUACAGUUCUGACAAUAUGUCUGGAAACUACUCGGUGCACUGCGAGCCGGGGUUAGUGGUACCACUUUGGCAUCCGGAGGACAACUUACAUCUACUCGACAUUAUUUUCCGGGGUGUAGUUUAUUUCUUUGCGUUAUUAUAUUUGUUCAUUGGUGUAUCGAUCAUUAGCGAUCGUUUUAUGGCUGCCAUUGAAGUGAUUACGUCCAAGGAAAAAGAAUUGGUAGUGCGCCGGCAGGGUAGAGAACCGCAGAUCGUCGUGGUGCGAGUGUGGAACGAAACGGUAGCCAAUCUGACUUUAAUGGCACUCGGUAGCAGUGCUCCUGAGAUCUUGCUGUCAAUCAUUGAAAUUUGGGCAAAGAAUUUUCAAGCGGGUGAGCUAGGUCCAGGCACAAUUGUGGGCUCCGCCGCUUAUAAUCUUUUUGUUAUUAUUUCCUUGUGCGUGUUUGUGAUCCCUAAUGGUGAAACCCGGAAGAUAAAACAUCUGCGUGUUUUCUUCGUCACCGCUACUUGGAGCAUCUUUGCUUACGUGUGGCUCUAUGUUAUCCUGGCGGUCUCUAGUCCUGGUGUAUUAGAGAUUUGGGAAGGAAUACUGACCUUUGCCUUCUUUCCAGCCACAGUAUUGACAGCUUAUGUCGCUGAUCGACGACUGUUGAUUUACAAGUAUCUGCAUAAAGGUUAUCGAAUGAAUAAGCGAGGUGUAAUCGUGCAGGCAGAGGCCGGAGAUUCCGAGAUGGGCAUGGAGUUGGACAUUAAGCCUCAGCAAGAUGGUAUUCACGGUAUAGUGGAUCGCCUAGCCGAUGGUGAUUCUCCCGAAGCAAGAGAAUUUGAGCAAACUCGUAGAGAUUACAUCAAUACUUUAAAGGAAUUGCGCAAAAAAUAUCCUAUUUUACCUCUAGAGCAAUUGGAAGUCAUGGCUCAUGAAGAGGUAUUAGGUAAAGGCCCUAAGAGCAGGGCUUUUUAUAGAGUGCAAGCUACAAGAAAGAUGGUAGGUGCCGGCAAUCUCAGUAGAAAGAUCAGCGAAAGAGCGCAAAGUGACCUAAGCGAAGUUAAGGCUGAAUUGCAGAAAGCUGAGGCAGAUAGCAUUGAUAUCGAACAUGUGAAUGCUAUGAGAGUAUUUUUUGAACCCGGUCAUUACACCGUUAUGGAAAACGUUGGAACCUUUGAGGUGGGCGUUUCCAGGGCUGGAGGUGAUCUCAGCAGACCCUGCACCGUGGAUUAUUGCACGGAAGAUGGCUCUGCUGAAGCAGGAUCUGAUUAUGUGAGUGCCAAGGGUACUCUGACUUUUGGACCUGGCGAGACUACAAAGACUAUCAAACUCUCAGUUAUUGAUGACGAGUUAUUUGAAGAGGAUGAACAUUUUUACGUCAGGCUCAGUAAUGUGUCACAACCAGCAAUGCUUGUUUCACCAAGUCUGGCGACGGUGAUGAUCCUGGAUGACGAUCACAGCGGCAUUUUUGGUUUUCCCGAGAGAGAUGUAGAGCUAGUGGAAAGCGUGGGUCAGCAUCCUCUUCGAGUAGUGCGUUAUAGUGGGGCUCGUGGUCGCGUUAUUGUCCCUUACCGUACUGUAGAAGGCACAGCAAAACCUGGCAAGCAAUACGUGCACACCGAAGGCAGCCUGACUUUUGAAGAUAAUCAGACAGAAAAAAUUAUCAAUCUGGAAAUCAUCGAAGAGGACUCUUAUGAAAAGGAUGCUCUUUUCUAUGUCGAGUUAGACGAGCCAUUGCUGCAAGGAGCGGAGGCAGGAAUCGCUGCAGCAGCAGAAAUGAAGUUGCCAGAGAAUAGAACAGAGGAAGAGAAAAUGGCAUUGUUGGGCCGACCGCGUUUGGGCGAGGUAUCCCGAGCGCAAAUCAGGAUUAAAGAAUCCAAGGAGUUUAAAAACACCGUGGAUAAGCUCGUCCAGCGAGCAAACGCCUCCAUAAUACUCGGCACGAGUUCUUGGAAAGAACAAUUUACGGAAGCGUUGACUGUCAGUGGAGGUGAUGAAGAUGAUUCAGAGGGAAGCAAUCAACCUUCCUCACCGUCCGUAAUGGAUUAUCUCAUGCAUUCACUUACCAUUUUCUGGAAAGUCCUUUUUGCCUUCGUUCCGCCCACAGAUAUCGCUGGUGGUUACUUGUGCUUUAUCGUCAGCAUUUUAGGAAUCGGUGUUGUUACGGCGAUAAUCGGCGAUAUUGCCUCAUAUUUUGGUUGCACUUUGGGUAUCAAAGAUUCUGUCACUGCAAUUGUUUUCGUCGCUCUUGGUACCAGCAUUCCUGAUACAUUCGCGAGUAAAGUAGCCGCUUGUCAAGACAAGUACGCCGAUGCAAGCGUAGGCAAUGUGACUGGAAGUAAUGCCGUAAAUGUCUUCCUCGGAAUCGGCGUCGCGUGGAGUAUUGCUGCCAUUUAUCAUACUUGCCGUAGUGAACAAUUUGUUGUUAAAACUGGCAACUUGGCCUUCUCCGUCACUUUGUUCUGCAGUGAAGCUUGUUUUGUAAUUCUGGUACUGUUGGUGAGACGAGUAAAGUCGAUCGGUGGUGAAUUGGGCGGACCUUUUAUACCAAAGCUCAUUACAUCUGUCUUUUUAUUCUCCCUCUGGCUGCUUUAUCUCAUCAUGUCUACUCUUGAGGCCUAUGGUGUAAUACAAGGUUUCUAAACCAAGGCCAAUAUGAUGCCAUUAUAUCGGCCUAUUCGCUACAUAUACCUUAGCUAGCUUGGCAUCCGCCAAGACAUAUGCUCAAUGAACACUAUUAACCGGACACUGAAGCGGUAUCGGGAUGAUAUGAUUCUGUGGAGAACGAACUCUAAUUGUUUUAGGACUUAGGAACUUACAUAAGUUCAUCCUUUAAGACGAUUAACAACGAACAUAUUCACAUGAUAUAUUGAUGAUGUAUUAAUGAAUACGUGUAUGUAUGUGUAUACAUGUAUGUAGAGUUUGAAAACAUGAAUGUGUUGCGAAAGUGUCCAAUAAAGAGGAGAAAGAAGAAUCAAUGAAGAGAAGGACAAACAAAGAAAGAAAAAGUUAAGAAGAGAAAUGUGUGUGAAAAAAAAUAGUCUUGCCUUAAAAUAAUUUAAAGGGAGAAAGAAGUAAGUGCAUUCUAGUCAUGCCAUGUACUCUAAAAAAUUUAGCUGUUA